GACAGGUUUGCUGUCCGCUGUCAUUGUGAAAUUGUCAUCCGCGAAAAUCGAAAUUGCGUUUCGCGAAAUUGUGGAUUAGAUAUUUAAAAAAUGUAAAUUAUCCAGAGUUUUCGGUUUGAAUUUGAUUUAAUAUCAGUUAAACAUGUCAAGUGACUCCAAGUUAUAUUUUGAUAUCAGAGAAGACCAGUGGCCUCUGGUUUAUGACGAUAACUAUAAUGUAUCGUUUAUGGGUUUAGAAAGGUUUCAUGUAUUCGAUGCAAAGAAAUGGCGCAACAUAAUCCAGUACUUGAAAGAAGCUGAACUGAUAACAGAUGACCACUUAGUGAGACCACUUGAAGCUACAAAGAGUGAUCUACAAUUAGUCCACACUAGGAGAUAUCUAAAAUCACUAAAAUGGAGUCCAAAAGUAGCUGUGAUAGCAGAAGUUCCAGUGAUUGCAUUAGUUCCAAAUAUACUGGUGCAGUAUGCAUACUUGAAGCCUAUGAGGCUACAAACUGGCGGUUCUGUGUUAGCUGGUAAGUUGGCAUUAGAGCGAGGCUGGGCUAUCAACGUAGGAGGUGGCUUCCACCACUGCAGUGGUGACAAGGGAGGUGGAUUCUGUCCGUAUGCAGAUAUUACCCUGCUCAUCCGUUUCCUAGUCAUACACCAUUUGAUACAGAACGCUAUGAUUGUGGACUUGGAUGCUCAUCAGGGAAAUGGCUACGAACGUGACUUCCUAGGUGUACCAGAAGUGUACAUAAUGGACAUGUACAACAAGCACAUAUAUCCGAAUGACAAAGAGGCCAAACGGGCGAUUAGGAAGAAGGUGGAACUCGGUAACAAAGUUGAAGAUAUGGAGUACAUGCUCAAGUUAAGACAGAAUUUAAAAGAAGCUUUGAAGGAGUUCAAGCCAGAUAUUUUGAUAUACAACGCCGGGACCGACAUACUGGAUUCAGAUCCACUUGGCCACUUGAGAAUUAGUGAAUUUGGUAUAGUAAAAAGAGACGAAUUCGUUUUCGAAAUGUGUAAGGCGAGAAGUAUUCCUAUUGUAAUGCUGACAAGUGGAGGGUAUUUGAGAAAAACUGCCAAAAUCAUAGCAGACUCCAUCAUGAACUUACAUCGUAAAGGACUCAUCCAAGGAUAAACAAGGGAAGGUAUCACGUGAUCAACAACCAAUCAGGUUUGAGGAAUAUGACGCGAUAUAAAAUAUCUCAUUUUUGUCAUUGUUCGUUACUCUACUCUGCUUGUAAGGUAAUUUUAAUAACUUUGUUAUUGAUAAUAUUCUUUUGAAUUGUUAUUAUAAGUGGUGGGAGGGCGAAUCUGAUUUAAAAAGAACUAGUAAGUACUCAAGAAAUUGUAUUUGCUUUAAUGAUAUUACUUAAAUCUUUGAUGCUUAAUGACUUUCUACCUUGUUACCUAAGUAAUAAGGGUGUCACUCAAAUGUAAACAUUGCCAGUAUAGGAGAUAAUAUUUAUCGAGUUUCAUCCUCGUUAAACCUUUCCUGUGAAUAUUAUGAGAGGUAUCGCUUCUCGUGGAGACACCAGAACUUGGAACUAUUCUAAUGUGUCAAAAUAGAUUAAUGGAGUUUCAACUUUAUUUGAAAAACAUCAAGGUUAGAAUUCUAUUAACAAUGUGGCGUUACUAAGCUGUAGGAUAAAGCUAAACUUCCUAAUAAGCUAAAAGGAGACAAGCCACAAUAAACGCAAAAACUUAUUAAAAUAUCUAAUUAAGACAUUAAUCCAGUAUUUUAUUACUACUAGCAGUAGAAAAUUCUAGAAUUAAAUUCUACAAGUGAUAUUAUAAAGACACACUUUAACUUCGAUCUCAUUGUGCCAAUUAAAUUAUUAUUUAUUAAUAUAAGCAAAUUAAAUUUGCGAUUUUUAGUACUCAUAGUACAUUUAGUUUUGUAGUAGAUACAUACAUAUAUUUAUAAUUAUAGUUUUAUAUUUACCUGUAUUAAUUAAUCUUUAAUAAUGUGAUCAAUAUAAAGUAUUUAUUACACAAUAGUAUAAUGCUUGAAGAUUAUUUUUUCAAAUAAAUACUAUUUUUCUCG